AAAAAGUUUGCGUUAACUUUUGCGUCAAUAGCCAACAAUAGGAAACGGGUACCAAAGGCAAAUUAGUGAGCUGUAUGAAGAACAAGAAACUCAACCCAUUCGUGAAGCUUCGUUAAUUCCACUCCAAGGCAACCAUUGAUAUAUUGGAACUGUCGCCAAAAUGCACACAUGUUCAUGGAUUGUCUAGCAGAAGAAAGAACAAUCUUCUGAUAUCGUUGAUCGAAUGGACAUUUACAAGAACAAUAAAAACAAUUAUUAUUAGUAUUAACGGCCGUAUGUUGAAAUGGUGUCUUUUACUAUAUUGACUGAUCACACGAGCCUUAAAUGGUUAAUGUCCUUUAAGGACUCAACUGGUAAUCUAGCUCGUUGGCAUUCGAUUUCUAAAUAAUGCACCAAAGAGGAUGUGAAACAAUUGUAGCUGAUAUGCUAUCCAGGUUACCGGACCAUGAGCAAGUAGAAGAGCUAAAUAUGGAAGAAAUUUUCGACUUCGAAACAGCUGAAUUUGAAAGUGAAGAGUACUUGGAUCAGAUAAAACAUGUCGAAGAAAAUACACAUCAACUUUCAGAUCUAAUAGUAGACGAUGGGAAAGUGUAUAAAAAAUGCGGAUACCAUCAAACAUAACCCAGCCUCUAAUAGAAAAAUCACACUCAACAUUAACAACAGCACACGGUGCUGUGGCCAAGACACUGGACUAAAAUGGCUUUUCAAGUCAAAAUAUUUAUAAAAAAUUAUAAAAACUGUAAAGAAAUAAAGCCAACUAUCUAGAAUCUUAUCGGAAUCGGAAACAACAAAGUUUUGAAAAUUUAACAAAAACUUGAAAAUUAAAUAAAACUUAAUAAAAACUGCAGUAUAAUCGGCGCAAAGCAACGCAAGCCAAAUGUGAAUGCUCACUGAGAACCCCUGUCUACUCUGCCUCUGGUUGUACACCGUUCUUUACUAUUUUCGGAUACCAUAUGUUUUUAGUGGAGCAGAAUAUAAACUAAGCCAAAAGUACAAUCCUAAUAGACCAUCAAAUAUUAGAUGUGGAGCAAACGACAACUUGGAAAUCAUAAGGCAACAAAUUAAACAAAACCUACAAAAAGCCUUCAAAAAAAGUGCGAAAAGAAUGGCGAUUAAAAAAUGGGUUUUAUUAAUUGCUUUAUUAAUUGGAAUUACAACGAUAAUAGAAGCCAAAUUUGGAGAUAAAUUAAGCAUAAAAGAGAAGGAUUUGAUGCAGAAGGCCAUUGUUUUUGAUAAAAAAACUCCAGAUUUAUUUUAUUGUCCAACACAGAAACCAUCUGCGAUGAACAAACUUAUCGUUCGGAAAUCUAAGUAAAUGAUGAAUAGAACAUGACCGCCUGUUAUGUACAUUAGGGGGCCCAAAAUAUAUUAAAUUUGUUUGGAUGUAUCUUAUUUUAUUCAUAAGUUUCUAAAACUAACAGAUGUCAAAUUUUAGUCCAUAGAACUUUUUUUGAUAUAUUCUAAAAUUGUGUCAAAAAAGUUUUAUUUUCUUAUCAUUUUGACCAAUCUUAUCUUCUAGAGAAC